UUCGUUUGACGACAAACAACAUAAAGUCAAACGGACACGGAUACGGAUACGGCCACGGACUCGGACACCGGAAACAUCACCACAUAUCGCACUAUUUGAAGGCGACAACAUUUUGCGCAAGCAAAAAAAAAAAACAAACGAAAGUGUUAAGUGCUGUUGUGUCACCCUGCUGCCCCCAAAGAGGAGUGAAAAGCAAUUUGUUUCUUGGCCGGAACAAUGUCAUCGGAGAGCAUUCAUACAUGGCAGGCAUUUAAGAACCACUGGAUUAUAUGGAAAUGUUGCGGCUUACGGCCACCGGGACGUGACUCCAUAUGGUUUAAGCCAUACAUUGUUUAUGCCGUCCUCUUAAAUGUCACGGUCACCUUAUGUUUUCCCACCUCGCUGAUUGUGGAUUUAAUACUCUCGAAAAGUCUGGAGGAAUUGUGCGAAAAUCUCUAUGUGACCAUUACAGACGUGAUUUGCAAUAUCAAGUUUAUCAAUGUUUUUACGGUGCGUCAAAAAUUGUUGCAAGUACGCACAAUUGUGGAGCGUUUGGAUAUGAGGGCCAAAACGCCCGAACAGAGGCACGAACUGAAGUGUGGCAUUAGGACAGCUAAAAAAUGUUUUACGAUAUUUUCGCGUUUUUAUGCUUGCGCUGUCAUUACCAGCCAAUUGGUGGUUUAUCUUUCGAGUGAGCGUGUCCUUAUGUAUCCCGCCUGGUUUCCCUGGGAUUGGAGAGCUACGCAACGUAAUUUUCUAUUUGCCCAUUGCUAUCAGGUGUAUGCAGUUUCAGUGCAGACAUUGCAAAAUCUUGGCAGUGACACCUAUCCUCAGGCCUAUAUAGUGGUGCUGAUAGCUCACAUUAGAGCUUUGGCUUUGAGAAUUAAAGAUUUGGGCUCCCAUAGCUCUACGAGGGAGGAUGCAUCAAAGGAAGAUGCAUUGUAUAGGGAAUUGGUGGCAUGCGUUAAGGAUCAUGAGACUAUACAUGAACUUUAUCUUACAAUCCAAGAAUGCAUAUCAGGCACAUGUUUGGCCCAAUUUGUUGCCACUGGCUUGGCUCAAUGCACCAUUGGCGUUUAUGUCCUCUAUGUGGGUGCGGAUUUUUCACGUCUCUUGAAUAGCUGCAUGUUCUUUGGUGCAAUUACAAUUGAAAUUCUUAUUCUAUGCUAUUUUGGCGAUUUGUAUUGUCGUGCAAAUGAUUUUCUAAUCGAUGCCAUAUAUGAAUGUAAUUGGAUGGAUCGCGAUGAGGAAUUUAAGAAGGCCAUUUUGUUGUUGUUACAACGUUCACAGCAAUCGAAUUGUUUAAGAGCUGGCAAUAUAAUACCAGUACGAUUGCCAACAUUUGUUAAGAUUAUGAAAACUGCAUACUCGGCAUUCACCGUAUUAAAUGAGGUUAAUUAAAUUGCAAUUCGCCCGCCCCAAUGAUAUGCAA